AUGUCUUUCCUCGGCGCUGCUGCUCUCAAGAAGUUCCCGGCUCCUUUCUUGAAGCCUCACCUGCCCUUCUUCGUUGCUGGUCUCGUUAUCGCCUACGGCGCCAACUCUGCCCAGAACGCCAUGAUGGCCUCCGACGAGUGGAAGAACGACCCCCGCAACCCCAACGUCCGCUCCGGCGGUCACUAA